CACAUUGAAGGCAGAAAAUCAUGCGAAAGGCCUGAUAUAUAACAAGAACGAAUUCUUGGUGCAAGUACCAGUCCAGCAUCCAUACUCAAUUCUUUGAAAGGCCCUUACCUAGAUUUCUCCAAUGAACAAUCAACUUGUCUCUUCUUCUUCCUUCAGCAGUCCUCCUUUGUGGAAGUACGAUGUCUUUUUGAGCUUUAGAGGAGAGGAUACACGAACCAAUUUUACAGAUCAUUUUUACAAGGCGUUGGACGGCAAGGCAAUCACCACGUUCAUUGAUCACCAACUUAAAAGAGGAGAAGGAAUAUCUCAGGCUCUUCUCGAAGCAAUUGAUGAGUCGAGAAUUUCGAUCAUUAUAUUAUCUAAAAACUAUGCAUCUUCAAGAUGGUGCUUGGAAGAGCUCGUACGUAUCCUUGAAUGUAGAAAGUCAAGGAAGCAAAUUGUUUUGCCAGUUUUUUACAAAGUGGAUCCGUCCGAUGUACGAAAGCAAACGAAGUUUGGUGACGCGUUUACAGAAAAGUUCAAAUUCGAAGACAACAAGGAGAAGAUCCUCACAUGGAGGAGUGCUCUUACAGACGCAGCAAAUUUAUCAGGAUAUACUUUCAAAGAGGGAGAGUACGUAUAUUUCUUCCCCUUAUACUGCCUUUAAUCUGAAAAGAUGACUUUACCUGAAAUUCAAUUUUCUUUACAUAAAACCCAACCUAGUUUUUGUGCUUGACUAAUUAAGCUUAACAAGUUACAUUUUAUAUCUUUUGGUUUCCUAAAAUACCCCUAAUAACAAUUUGAUUCUCUAGCAUAUUUAUAUCCAUUUAUUGUGUUAAACCUAUUGCAAGUUUAACUGGUCACUAGUACUCAUUGUGUUAAAUUUCGAAUUGGCUGGAUUAAUUACCCGAGUGUACCCAUUUUUUGUUGUUCAAAUUUUAAAUUUAUUAAUAUUUUUUGGUUUCCUAAUUUUGUUUGAAAAAUCAAUUUACCUACGUUUUUGAAAAAUUAACUUACAAAUUACUGAUUUUGAUUAAUAAUGUACCUAUGGUGUUGUUUUAUAAUUUACCGAUUACUAAUGAUGUUAGGUAAAUUAGUACUUUUAGGAAAGAAAUGAUACAUAUCCAUACAAAACAUCUUUUUUCAUCCGAACAACAACAUAACAUUUAAAUGCAAAAAAAAA